AAACGAAACUGAUGACAACUGCUGGAUGAACACGGCGUUUUAUACCCAAAUGACCACCCACAAUUAGCCUUGGCACUUAAGCUCAGCUCUUGGAUUUCUUGGCCCACCAAUUUAAUUAGCCAAAGUACGCGCAACCGUACAUAAAUCCGUUCGCAGAAGCCAACUGCAAAUGGUACGUGACUGGCCUGAGCAACAUAAUUGUGUUUUCGGCCGGAGACCUUGCAAGGUCGCUAAGCAUUCGGUUGUGGGGCUAUAAAAGCCACAAGUCUGGGCUGUUUUAGACAUCAGUUGCAUUUGUUCAAUCCGACAAGUAAAGCCAAACAAAAAACCAAACCUUCCAAGAUGUUCAAGUUCGUCGCCGCCGUCAUCUUCGCUCUGUUUGCCUGCGUGGCCGCCAAGCCCGGAAUCGUGGCUCCUCUGGCCUACUCUUCCCCCUACGUAGCCUCGCCCUACGUGGCCUCUCCCUACGUGGCGUCUCCAUAUGUGGCAUCUCCCUACGUGGCUGCUCCCUACACCGCCGCCUACUCAGCUCCCUACACCGCUGCCUACACCGCCUCCUACGCUGCUCCCUAUGCCGCCUACACCUCUCCUCUUCUCCUGAAGAAGUAGAUUGCAGGAUGGAUGAUCAAUUUAGGAGUAUAAUACACGGACACUCGCAAUGAAACUGAAAUAAACUCGCAAACAACCGAA